AUGUCCUCAAUACAUUAUAAAUUUCGGGCUACGCUCGAAUAUAAAACGCUUCAAUUUGACGGUUUGCAUAUACGAGGCGAAGACCUAGUUCGUGAAAUAUGCGCUAAAGAAAACAUUAAGCUAGAAUUAUUUAAUCUAUUACUACAGAAUGCUCAUACCAAGAAGAACUACACAGAUGAAGAACUGAUUCCUAGGAAUUCAUCGAUAAUUGUCCAACGUGUUCCAAGAACAGAAGCCGCCAAAAUUCAGAAAGUCCAGAGUGGAGUUAACAGCGGAAUGAUUCAAAAUGAAACAAAUUCGUCGGGUUUGGACAAUUCCAGCCAAAUAACAUCGGCGGAGUUUAAGAAUAUGGAUGAGACGGAACGACUAAAUCAUGUCAAACACGUCUCAACACGUGCCUAUGAUCCUGUAAAUUAUCGAAAGAAGCCGGGAGAAAUAAUGACGGGUCCACCACCGCCGACGUAUACGUGUAAUCGAUGCUCACAACCGGGACAUUGGUACAAAAACUGCCCAAUGGUAAACUAUUCGUGCGGCUGUACAGCUUUUUGCGCUGUGACGCGCGGCAUGCGAGUUUUCGCUUCGGGACCCUCAGUGGAUCGACGGGACGACUACUACGCGCGCGCGCACGCACGCCCUGCGGGCCCUCUCACCGAAUUAUCGUUUUUGCAGCUGAACACGAAACGCACGACGGGCAUACCAUCGCAAGAGCUCAUGGAAACGACUGCCGAUGAUCCGUUGGCGAUGCUUCAUCCGAGCGGCAAAUUUGUGAUACCGAUAAUGCACUGGAAGGCGCGUCAAGAGCAGAACCGCAAGACGACCGAUGAAGGAGCUUCAUCGCCGGCUCAACACGAGCGCAAAGUUCCGGCAGAGUUGCUAUGUCCUCUUUGCAACGGUCUUAUCAAAGAGGCCGUGGUCACUGCGUGCUGUGGAAACUCGUACUGCGCUGAUUGUAUUGGACAGAAGUUGUUUGAGACGGAGUCGAAGAAAUGCCCGGGGGAGGAUUGCGACAAAGAGCAAGUUUCCGUUGACGCCCUAAUUCCGAACAAGCGCCUUCGAGCUGCUGCUGAAGCAUGGCUCAAUCAAGGAGGAAGAGCUGGAGCUAAUGAGAUUGUGCAGCCUCAGGAGCAGAUCAGGAUAAGGAUUGGCCUUCAGCCGAGUGUUCGGACGACUGCUUUGCCGGUGGCUACCGCCGCAGUGGAAACCGCUGCUGCUGCUUCUCCUGGACAAACUAUAGUUACAGCAGCACCUGUUGCUGAACCGCCAGCUCCUGGAGCCUCUCAGGCUUCGCCAGCCGCGCCACCUGUGUCUCAGACAAUAAACAUCCCACUGGACACGAGUCUACCUCCGCCAUCGCUGAGAGGGCCUGAGAUUGGAAUUUCGCAAGUGCCUGGCAUCCCGGGAGUUUCUGCUGUUCCCUACACGACUACAAUGUUGCCGCCGAUUCCGGGAAUCGGGAUUUUGCCGCAGACGCAGACGAACGUCCUCGCGCCGUAUGGAAUCAAUCCGCUCAACAUGUAUGGAGGUGGUCUCACGAAUCAUGGGCACGCCGGAUUUCCGGGUUCGAUUGCGCCGACGACAGUGGCACGGACCACCGCUGACAAUAAUGACAUGUGGGAGGAUUUCCUACGACGAAAGGAUCGCGGACGUGAACGACGCGAUGAUCAUCAUCGGGAUCGUGAAAGAGACAGAGAUCGAGAUCGUGGACGAGAUCGGGAUCGCGAGCGCGAUCGCGACAGAGAACGCGAUCGGAAUCGAGAACGCGACAAGGAUCGAUCGCGACGGGAUCGAAGAAGGAGGAAAAGUUCUUCGUCGUCAUCUUCUUUAUCUGACAGUGAUUCUACUGACGAUGAUCAUCGCCGAAAACGAGCAGACAAGGAUAAACGAGAUAGGUCGAAAUCUAGAAGAAGUGAGAAAGAUCGAGUGUCGUCUCGACGGGAUGAACGAAGUACUCGUGAUUCUAAGAGCAGCCGUGUAAAAAGCAUGAAAGCUCGUGAUACUCGUAAAGAGAAAACGAAAGAAGAUGUUAGGAAAAAGGCGAAAAAAGAUGAGGAAUCGGCGAAACGACACACGAAGAAUGAAAAGGAGGAAGAUGAUGAGAAUCUUGACGAUGAAAGCGCUACCGAUGUGAGCAAAUCGAAAGAGAAUAUGGAGGAGGACGAUGAGGCGGCGAUUGAUGGAGCUCUUGCGGAAUAUGAGAAGCUUCGCGAGAGUACAUCGAAUGUGAAUGUUGGUGAUGAAGAGAAGACCGAAGAAUUGCCGAAGGCUGUCGAAGAGAAUCCUCUAGAGCAGCACGAGCAGCCUGUUGAAGAAGAAGAGAAGCUUGAAGCCGAUGCUGAGAAGAAUGAUGAUAGUGCUUCGGAGACUGGCGAAACGACAAGAAGUGAACGGGAAGUUAGUGAGAAUGGAUUCUCAACGCCAAAAGAAGAGCCAGAAGUGACGAACGAAACUAGUGAGGCGGAGGUUGUUGAAGCGAACGAGCUGCGAACGACGGUUGAAAAUGAGAAUAGAUUGUUGUUGACGGAAGAAAGUGAUGAUGAUAACGAGAAGGAUGAGAAGCCGAAUGAUGGAGACACUACUGCCAAUUCUGAUGAUGACGAUGAGAAAAAGAAAGAGAAGAAAACGAAGAAGCACAAGAAAAAGAAGAAGCAUAAGAAACAUGGCGAAGAUGAAAAUGAUGAUGAUGAUAAGAAGAAAAAGAAACACAAGAAACAUAAGAAAGAAAAGAAAACGAAGAAGGAAAAAGAGGAAGAAGAUGAGGAGGAGAAGCGUCAUCGAAAGAAGGAGCGCAAACGGUCUAGAGAUGUUGAAGAGGAAAGUGAUGUUCCGGCGAAAGUUCGAAAAAGUGACAGUCACGAGGACAAUCAUCGGGCAAGAGCUCGCGAGGAUGACCGAAGAGAGCGUGAGCGAGUUUCUCGGCGGGAUGAGCGUGAUCGCGAUAGGACUCGAGACGACCGGGAUCGUGAUAGAGAGCGAGACCGAGAACGAGACCGCGAUCGCAGGGAUCGAGCCAAGGACCAAGAUAGGGACCAAGAUAGAGACCGAGCAAGGGACCAAGAUAGAGACCGAGCAAGGGACCAAGAUAGGGACCGAAAUCGUGAUAAGGAAAGAGAUGAGAAGAGGAAAAAGCCAGAUGAGAAGCCUUCGAGUGGCUCAUCGCGUGAGAAACGGGAAAAGGAAUCCACGAAAUCUUCAGAGUCUUCCCGACAACCGAUAUCGUUCAGAAUUACUAAACCUGAUUCUCAAAAGUCGAAAGGUGUUGAGCAUUUGCUUGAUGAUGAGAAAAUGCAUUCUGGAGAUGAUGAUAAGAAAAAGAAUGAGAGCAGAAAAGAGCAGAAGAAGGACACUGAGGUUGAAAAAUCGAGAACUACUAGCAGCGGUAAAGAUAAGCCGGAUAAAUCGACGAGGAAAGAUAAUGAGAAAGUUGACGAAAAAUCCAAAUCGUCGCGAGAUCGGUCGGAUUUGAAAACCAGGAAGGAAGCAGAGUCUGACAAGGAGAAAAGUCGAAGAAGGAAGGAGGAUACAGAUAGUGAAGAGAAAGGAGAGGAGAGGAAGGUUUUAUUUUAA